AGAGAGACAGACCGAGGCUGAGAUCGAGAGAGCGAGCGACCCAACCAGUCAGACAGAAGAACCAUGAUCGUCGAUGCAGUUCGCGUAGCUUGCGGAUCCGACGGUGUAAUGGUCGAGGACGAGGACCCUCUCCGCCCUCCGCCCUUCAGCCCGCCCCUCGACUCCGGCCACAACCCCUCCGAGGCCAACCCUGCUGCAGGAGAAGCGAGACUCCACGCCGAGCUGCAGUCGACGCUCAUAGAACAGCAGGACCAGCAACAACGCUGCGCUGAGAAGGGCGUCGUUUCAGAAGUGAAGGGGUCGGGCGAGGUGUGCCAAGGGUGCCAUGACGUCAUCGCCGACCGGUUCCUCCUGCGGGUCAACUCGAGGUCGUGGCACCAGACUUGCCUGCGGUGCUGCGUGUGUCAGCUGGCCCUCGACCGGCAGCCCUCGUGCUUCAUCCGGGAACACAACGUCUACUGCAAGUCCGACUACACGAGGAACUUCGGCGCGCGGUGCGCCAAGUGCUGCCGCAGCAUCGGCGCCGCGGACUGGGUGCGGCGCGCCCGCGACCGCGUCUACCACCUCGCCUGCUUCGCCUGCGACGCCUGCAAGCGGCAGCUCAGCACGGGCGAGGAGUUCGCCCUCCACGACAACCGCGUCCUCUGCAAGCAGCACUACCUCGAGUCCAUCGAGGGCGGCGCCUCCAGCAACGACGAAAGCGACGGCUCGGGGAAGACCAAAAGCAAACGGGUCCGCACCACCUUCACGGACGAGCAGCUGCAGGUCCUCCAGGCCAACUUCCACAUCGACUCGAACCCCGACGGCCAAGACCUCGAGAGGAUCGCCCAGAUCACGGGCCUGUCCAAGAGGGUGACGCAGGUGUGGUUCCAGAACAACCGGGCGAGGCAGAAGAAGUACAUCACGCAGGGCAAGAGACACCACGCCGCGCCGCAGACGCCCGUGGGGGCUGGCUACCCGCUGGACCGCGCCCCUUCGCGCCUCUCGGACUACGGCGACAUCUCCUCGUCCCCCUCGUCCUUGGACUCGCCUCUCUCGCAGAUCCUCUACAGCUUCGGAUGAUUGACGGCCCACGCCCACACCUACCCGCACGCCCACCACCCCCACGCCCCCGGCCCGGCGCAUCUGAGUCAGGUGGAAGAGGUGGCGGAGUCACACCAGCAGCUUCCGAGGGUCGGCGACGCGCGGCCGCCCCCCGGGAUGGGCGUCUCGGCCUCCGAGGCGGCUCUUCUGGGCGUGGGCGUGGGUCUCGGCGUGGGCGUGUUCAGAGACGGUGCGGGCGGGAGCUACCACGACCUGUAUCCUAGUCCCGGAGGGCACCUCGGCCCCGCGCGGGAGGACCUCUUCGGCGUGGGCGGCGGCCCCCUUCGGCGGCCCGCGAGGAGCUCUUCGUCAAGCGGGACAGGGACGAGACCGCGGCGGCGGCGGCGGUCGCAGGCGCGCUGACGGCGACGAGGCGGCUGAAGGAGG